AUGUACAACAACAACCGCAGCAUCAACAGGGCCCCCUCCGUGACCUCCUCAUCCCGCCGCAUUGGCAGCAUGGGGGCCGGCAGCAUGAGGGCCGGCAGUGUGUACGGCGGAGCCGGAGGGUCUGGAGUCCGUGUCUCCCUGGCCAGCUACUGCUCUCCCGGCAGGCCCUUCAACCUGGCAGACGGCAUGGAUGCAUCCUCCAACGAGAAGGGCACCAUGCAGAACCUCAACGACCGCCUGGCCACAUACCUGGACAAGGUGCGCAGCCUGGAGAAAGCCAGCGGAGACCUGGAGCUGAAGAUCAGCAAGAGCAGACCUGAGGCCCACAACUGCUCCGCCUUCAGGGGCCCCAUCACAGACCAGCGGGAACAGAUAAACUUCGCUGCUCGUGGAAACGCCGCCCUGGUCUUCGCCAUCGAUAACGCCCAGCUGGCCACCGAGGACUUCAAAAUGAAGUAUGAGAACGAGCUGGCCAUGCGGCAGUCUGUGGAAGCUGACAUCACCGGGCUGAGGAAGGUCCUGGAUGGGCUGACCCUGAGCCGCGCUGACCUGGAGAUGCAGAUCGAGGCUCUGAAGGACGACCUGAUCAUGAUGAAGAGGACCCACGAGGAGGACCUGCUGGUUCAGCGGGCCCAGAUUGGAGGUCAGGUGAACGUGGAGGUGGACGCCGCUCCUCAGGAGGACCUGUCCGCUGUCAUCGCCCAAAUCAGAGAACACUACGAGACCGUGGCCUCCAAGAACCGCAAAGACCUGGAGUCCUGGUUCCAGAGCAAGUGGCUUUGCUCAGUGAAAAACUCCCAGACUUACUUAUCCAUCAUCAUCAUCAUCAUCAUCAUCAUCAUCAUCAUCAUCAUCAUCAUCAUCAUCAUCAUCAUCAUCAUCAUCAUGCCAUCUGAUCCUGCCACCACAACAAAGACCAUCAAGACCACCAGGGUGAUGACCAUCACGCAGGAAGUGGACGAAUUUGGAAAUGUGAUCAACAGCAGUUAG